GUUUGCCGCUUUCCGAGCGCCAAGGAGCGGAGCGCGCUCAGCUGCGCCCGGAGCCUUCGGCCGGACCUGAAAAAGCGAGAGGGAGAGCGAGCAAAAGGCGCGAUCCAGAGAGCCAGGCAAGCGGGGCGCCGACCUCGGGCGGCCCUGGCCCGCGCCCUUGCCCCUCGGCCGGGCGGACGUUCACUUCUUCAACUGAGAUGGACAUGAUAUAAUCUCCAUUGAGUCAAAGAAUGGCAUCUAGUCCUGAGCUUCCUACCGAAGAGGAACAGGGUUCCUGGGGCAUCGACAAUCUCCAUAUUUCAUUGCAAGCUGAACAGGAAGACACCCAGAAGAAAGCCUUCACGUGCUGGAUAAACUCACAGUUGGCCAGGCACACUUCUCCCUCAGUUAUAUCCGACCUAUUCACAGACAUUAAAAAGGGGCAUGUCCUCCUGGAUCUGCUAGAAGUACUUUCUGGGCAACAGUUGCCUCGGGAUAAAGGAUCUAAUACAUUCCAGUGUAGAAUCAAUAUAGAACAUGCCUUGACAUUCCUAAGAAACCGAUCAAUUAAGCUAAUAAAUAUUCAUGUUACUGAUAUCAUUGAUGGAAACCCAUCCAUUAUCCUUGGCCUAAUUUGGACAAUUAUCCUGCACUUUCAUAUUGAGAAGCUUGCCCAGACUCUUUCUUGCAAUUACAAUCAGGCUUCCCUGGAUGAUGUGAGUGUGGUUGAUUCAUCUCCUGCCUCAAGUCCUCCAGCUAAGAAAUGCUCUAAAGUGCAAGCAAGAUGGCAGAUGUCUGCAAAAAAGGCCCUUCUUUUGUGGGCUCAGGAACAAUGCGCCACCUAUGAGUCUGUCAGUGUGACAGAUUUUAAGUCAAGUUGGAGAAAUGGGAUGGCUUUUUUGGCCAUCAUUCAUGCCUUGCGACCAGACCUAAUUGACAUGAAGAGUGUGAAGCAUAGAUCCAACAAAGACAAUCUGAGAGAGGCCUUCAGAAUUGCAGAACGAGAAUUAAAAAUCCCCAGAUUGCUGGAACCAGAAGAUGUGGAUGUUGUUGAUCCUGAUGAAAAGUCCAUCAUGACCUAUGUGGCACAGUUUCUGCAGUAUUCCAAAGAUGCCCCUGGGACUGGAGAGGAGGCUCGGGGAAAGGUGAAAGAUGCUAUGGUCUGGUUAACUCUGCAAAAGGAAAAACUACAGAAGUUGCUAAAGGAUUCAGAAAAUGAUACCUACUUUAAAAAGUAUAAUAGCCUGCUGUCCUUUAUGGAGUCAUUCAGUGAAGAAAAAAGGUCCUUUUUGGAUGUCCUGUCAAUAAAAUGGGAUCCGGAUGAGCUGGACAAGGAUCAUUUACAGUUGAGAGAAGCCUGGGAUGGCCUCGAUCACCAGAUUAACGCAUGGAAAAUAAAGCUGAAUUAUGCCUUGCCCCCACCCCUCCAUCAAACUGAAGCUUGGCUCCAGGAGGUAGAAGAGCUUAUGGAUGAAGAUUUGUCCGCCUCCCAGGAUCACUCUCAAGCCAUGACUCUGAUACAAGAGAAAAUGACUUUAUUCAAGAGCCUGAUGGAUAGAUUUGAGCAUCAUUUGAACAUUCUCCUUACCUUUGAAAAUAAGGAUGAAAAUCACUUGCCAUUGGUACCACCUGACAAAUUGGAGGAAAUGAAAAGACGAAUCAACAACAUUUUGGAGAAAAAAUUUAUUCUACUUCUAGAAUUUCAUUACUACAAGUGCUUAGUUCUUGGUUUGGUAGAUGAAGUGAAAUCAAAAUUGGAUAUUUGGAACAUUAAAUAUGGGAGCAGAGAAUCUGUGGAAUUAUUGCUGGAAGACUGGCAUAAAUUUAUUGAAGAAAAAGAAUUCCUAGCUCGACUUGAUACUUCUUUUCAAAAAUGUGGAGAAAUUUAUAAGAAUUUGGCUGGAGAAUGUCAGAAUAUUAGUAAACAGUAUGUGAUGGUGAAAUCUGAUGUUUGUAUGUAUAGAAAAAAAAUAUAUAAUGUGAAGUCCACUCUACAAAAAGUGCUGGCAUGUUGGGCUACUUAUGUGGAAAACCUUCGCUUACUAAGGGCUUGCUUUGAGGAGACAAAGAAGGAAGAAAUUAAAGAGGUACCCUUUGAGACAUUAGCCCAGUGGAAUCUAGAACAUGCUACUUUAAAUGAAGCAGGAAAUUUCUUAGUCGAAGUCAGCAAUGAUGUGGUUGGAUCAUCUAUUUCUAAAGAACUGAGAAGGCUGAAUAAAAGAUGGAGAAAGUUGGUUUCAAAAACUCAACUUGAAAUGAACCUGCCACUGAUGAUAAAAAAACAGGAUCAGCUCACUUUUGACAAUUCUGGAAAUAUUCUUUCUAAAGAAGAAAAAGCAACUGUUGAGUUUUCAACAGAUAUGUCAAUAGAACUUCCUGAAAAUUAUAAUCAAAAUAUAAAGGCUGGAGAGAAGCAUGAAAAAGAAAAUGAAGAAUUCACAGGGCAACUAAAAGUGGCUAAAGAUGUUGAAAAACUCAUUGGGCAAGUGGAAAUCUGGGAGGCAGAAGCCAAAUCAGUUUUGGAUCAAGAUGAUGUGGACACCUCAAUGGAAGAAUCUUUGAAGCAUCUUAUUGCCAAAGGCUCUAUGUAUGAUGAGCUUAUGGCAAGAAGUGAAGAUAUGUUACAAAUGGAUAUACAAAAUAUUUCAAGCCAGGAGUCCUUUCAACAUGUUCUCACAACUGGGCUUCAGGCAAAGAUUCAAGAAGCUAAAGAGAAAGUCCAGAUCAAUGUGGUAAAACUCACUGCAGCGUUGAAGAACUUAACUGACGUUUCACCAGAAUUGGACAUCAGGCUGAAGAUGGAAGAAUCCCAGAAGGAACUUGAAUCAUAUAUGAUGAGGGCUCAGCAGUUACUGGGGCAAAGAGAGAGCCCCGGUGGACUCAUUUCAAAAUACAAGGAAGCACUAAUAAUUUCUAAUACAAAGAGUCUGGCCAAGUAUUUGAAAGCUGUUGAAGAACUAAAAAAUAAUGUAACCGAGGACAUAAAGACGUCUUUAGAAGAAAAGAGUAGAGAUGUCUGUGCCAAAUGGGAGUCUCUUCAUCAUGAACUGUCUUUAUAUGUUCAACAACUAAAAAUAGAUAUUGAAAAAGGAAAGCUUAGUGACAAUAUUUUAAAACUUGAAAAGCAAAUAAAUAAAGAAAAGAAACUUAUCCGUAGAGGAAGGACCAAGGGUCUCAUCAGAGAACAUGAGGCCUGCUUUUCUGAGGAAGGCUGCCUGUACCAGCUUAAUCACCACAUGGAAGUCCUGAGGGAGCUGUGUGAAGAGCUGCCUUCACAGAAGAGUCAACAAGAAGUGAAGAGACUACUCAAAGAUUAUGAACAAAAGAUAGAAAGACUUCUGAAAUGUGCUUCCGAGAUUCAUAUGACACUGCAGCCCACAGCGGGAGGCACGUCGAAAAACAAGGGGACCAUCACCACAUCUGAGAAUAGAAGAGGGGAUCCCCACAGUGAGGCACCAUUUGCAAAAUCAGAUAAUCAGCCAUCAACUGAAAAGGCAAUGGAACCCACUAUGAAGUUUAGCCUGGCAUCAGAGUUAAAGCCUCUGCAAGAAGAAAGCAUUAUAGAAAAGGAUUACAGUGCAUCUAUAAAUAGUUUACUAGAGAGGUAUGAUACAUACAAAGAUAUUCUUGAACACCACCUGCAAAACAACAAAUUCAGGAUUGCUUCUGAUUUCUCUAGUGAAGAAGACAGGAGUAGUUCUUGUCUGCAGGCUAAACUGACAGAUCUACAGGUCAUAAAAAGUGAAACUGAUGCUUGCUGGAAAGAGUUUGAAAUUAUUUCAUUGAAGUUAGAAAAUCAUGUGAAUGACUUAAAAAAGCCUUUUAUAAUUAAGGAAAGAGACACACUAAAGGAAAGAGAAAGAGAGCUUCAGAUGACUCUUAAUACCAGAAUGGAGUCUUUAGAGACAGCACUGCAGCUUGUGUUACCUGUAGAGAAGGCAUCACUUCUUCUCUGUGGCUCGGACCUGCCUCUUCAUAAAAUGGCCAUCCAAGAAUUUCAUCUCAUUGAUGCUGAUCACAUUUAUCAACACCUAAGGAAUAUCCAAGAUUCUAUAGCAAAACAGAUUGAAAUAUGUAACCGCUUAGAAGAGCCAGGCAACUUUGUAUUAAAGGAGUUACACCCAUUUGAUCUACAUGCAAUGCAGAAUAUUAUACUGAAAUACAAAACACAAUUUGAAGAAAUGAACCACAAGGUGCAGAGGAGUGAAGAUACUCUCAAAGCUCUGGAAGACUUUUUGGCAUCUCUCAGAACACCUGGACUCUCUGCUGAGCCUAUUACAGACCUUUCAGCCUCAGAUACACAGGUGGCACAAGAAAAUACUUUGACAGUAAGAAAUAAAGAGGGAGAAAUUCAUCUGAUGAAAGAUAAGGCCAAACAUUUGGAUAAAUGUUUGAAGAUGCUUGAUAUGAGCUUUAAAGAUGUUGAAUGGGAUGAAGACACCUCCUGUGAAAGCCUGCUUGAUGCUUUUUCAAUAAAGUUAUCUGAGACACAUGGCUAUGGGGUACAGGAGGAAUUCACUGAGAAAAACAAAUUACUAGAGGCUUGUAUUUUCAAAAAUAAUGAACUCCUCAAAAAUAUUCAAGAUGUGCAGAGUCAAAUCAGUAAAAUUGGUCUUAAGGAUCCUACUGUUCCAGCUGUGAAACAUCGGAAAAAAUCAUUAAUCAGACUGGAUAAGGUUCUAGAUGAAUAUGAAGAAGAGAAGAGACAUUUACAAGAAAUGGCUAAUUCUCUUCCACACUUCAAAGAUGACAGAGAAAAAACCGUGAAUCAACAGUGCCAAAAUACAGUAGUCUUGUGGGAGAAUACCAAAGCCCUGGUCACCGAAUGUCUUGAACAAUGUGGAAGAGUUUUGGAGCUCUUAAAACAAUAUCAGAAUUUUAAAAGUAUCUUGACAACUUUGAUUCAAAAAGAAGAGAGUGUCAUCUCCCUGCAGGCUUCGUACAUGGGAAAGGAGAACCUGAAGAAAAGGAUUGGAGAGAUUGAAAUUGUCAAAGAAGAAUUUAAUGAGCAUUUAGAAGUUGUAGACAAGAUAAACCAGAUCUGCAAAAAUCUACAGUUUUAUCUAAAUAAAAUGAAAACUUUUGAAGAGCCCCCUUUUGAAAAAGAGGCUAAUAUUAUUGUGGAUAGAUGGCUUGAUAUAAAUGAGAAGACAGAAGAUUACUAUGAAAAUCUUGGUCGAGCUCUAGCUUUGUGGGACAAACUUUUUAACUUAAAAAAUGUCAUUGAUGAGUGGACAGAAAAAGCCCUUCAAAAAAUGGAAUUAUAUCAAUUGACUGAAGAGGACAGAGAAAGGCUGAAGGAAGAAUUACGAGUCCAUGAACAAAAAACUUCAGAAUUUUCUAGAAGAGUGGCUGAAAUACAGUUUUUGCUCCAAAGCAGUGAAAUACCUCUUGAAUUGCAGGUCAUGGAGUCGUCUAUUUUGAACAAGAUGGAACAUGUACAGAAGUGUUUAACAGGAGAAUCCAACUGCCGUGCACUCAGUGGCAGCACUGCUGAGCUAAGGGAGGAUCUCGACCAAGCCAAGACCCAGAUCGGGAUGACUGAAUCCCUGUUAAAAGCCCUGUCUCCUUCUGACAGCUUGGAGAUCUUCACUAAACUAGAGGAGAUACAACAGCAAAUUCUACAGCAAAAACACAGUAUGAUAUUACUUGAGAAUCAAAUAGGUUGUCUGACUCCUGAACUUUCUGAAUUGAAAAAGCAAUAUGAAAGUGUCAGUGAUUUAUUUAAUACCAAAAAAAGUGUUUUGCAAGAUCACUUUUCUAAGUUACUGAAUGAUCAAUGCAAGAACUUUAAUGACUGGUUCAGCAACAUUAAAAUGAACCUUAAGGAGUGUUUUGAAUCAUCAGAAACAAAAAAGAGUGUGGAACAAAAGCUACAAAAACUUUCUGAUUUCUUCACUCUUGAAGGAAGAAACAGUAAAAUAAAGCAGGUGGACAGUGUACUGAAGCAUGUGAAGAAGCAUCUGCCCAAAGCACAUGUGAAGGAGCUUACCAGUUGGCUCGUGGGUCAGGAAUUCGAAUUAGAAAAAAUGGAGUCCAUAUGCCAGGCUCGAGCAAAGGAGCUUGAAGACUCCUUGCAGCAGCUACUGAGACUCCAGGAUGACCACAGAAACCUGAGUAAGUGGUUGACUAAUCAAGAAGAGAAAUGGAAAGGAAUGGAAGAAUCAGGGGACAAAACUGAGCUGUUCUGCCAGGCUUUAGCUAGAAAGAGGGAACAGUUUGAAUCUGUGGCCCAACUGAACAACUCUUUGAAGGAAUAUGGGUUUACUGAAGACGAAGAAAUAAUAAUGGAAUCAACAUGUUUGAUGGAUAGAUACCAGACAUUACUGAAACAACUAAGUGAAAUCGAGGAGGAGGAGAAGUUACCACCCACAGAGGACCAGAGCUUUAAUGAUCUUGCGCAUCAUGUAAUUCAUUGGAUAAAAGAGAUUAAAGAGUCCCUUAUGGUUUUGAAUUCAUCCGAAGGCAAAAUGCCACUUGAGGAGAGAAUCAAAAAAAUCAAGGAAAUCAUUUUGCUGAAGCCCGAAGGGGAUGCCAAAAUAGAGACCAUCAUGAAGCAGGCUGAGAGCAGCGAGGCCCCGCUGGUUCAGAAGACCCUCACUGACAUCAGCAACCAGUGGGACAACACACUCCAUUUAGCUAGCACCUACCUAAGCCAUCAAGAAAAGCUUCUACUAGAAGGAGAGAAAUAUUUACAAAGUAAGGAGGAUCUGAGAUUAAUGCUCAUAGAACUAAAGAAGAAACAGGAAGCAGGCUUUGCUCUACAACAUGGUCUGCAGGAGAAGAAAGCUCAGUUAAAGAUUUAUAAGAAAUUCCUCAAGAAAGCCCAAGAUUUGACAUCCUUGCUAAAGGAGUUAAAAUCUCAAGGAAACUACCUCUUGGAGUGCACUAAAAAUCCCAGCUUCAGUGAAGAGCCUUGGCUGGAAAUAAAGCAUCUACACGAAAGUCUUCUUCAACAACUGCAGGAUUCUGUGCAAAACUUGGAAGGUCACGUUCGAGAACAUGAUUCAUACCAGGUUUGCGUCACAGACCUGAAUACCACAUUGGACAAUUUCUCCAAGGAAUUUGUCAGUUUUUCUGAUAAGCCUGUGGAUCAAAUAGCGGUUGAGGAAAAAUUGCAGAAACUGCAGGAACUAGAGAAUAGACUCAGUUUACAAGAUGGCACAUUGAAGAAGAUUUUAGCUUUAGCAAAAUCCGUCAAGCAAAAUACAUCUUCAGUGGGGCAGAAGAUUAUUAAAGAUGAUAUAAAAUCACUUAAGUGUAAACAAAAAGAUUUGGAAAACAGACUUGAAUCUGCUAAGCAGGAGAUGGAAUGUUGUCUCAACAGCAUUCUCAAAUCAAAACGCUCAACAGAAAAGAAAGAAAAGUUUACUCUGCCAGGCGGAGAGAAGCAGGCCACUUCUGAUGUGCAGGAGUCUACUCAGGAAUCAGCUGCGGUGGAAAAGUUGGAGGAAGACUGGGAAAUAAACAAGGAUUCAGCUGUGGAAAUGGUUAUGUCAAAACAACUUUCUCUUAAUGCUCAAGAAAGCAUGAAAAACACUGAAGAUGAGCAGAAAGUCAAUGAGCUGCAAAAUCAACCUUUAGAAUUAGAUACUAUGUUAAGAAAUGAACAAUUAGAAGAGAUAGAGAAAUUAUAUACCCAGUUGGAAGCAAAGAAAGCAGCCAUUAAGCCACUGGAACAAAUGGAAUGUCUUAACAAAACAGAAACUGGGGCCUUGGUUCUCCACAAUAUAGGAUAUUCGGCACAGCAUUUGGACAAUUUGCUUCAGGCCCUUAUUACUUUGAAGAAAAACAAAGAAAGCCAAUAUUGUCUCCUCAGAGAUUUUCAGGAAUACCUUGCUGCAGUUGAAUCCUCAAUGAAAGCCUUGUUGACAGACAAGGAAAGUCUAAAAGUAGGACCACUGGACAGUGUAACAUAUCUGGACAAAAUUAAAAAAUUCAUAGCAUCCAUAGAAAAAGAGAAAGAUUCUUUAGGCAACUUGAAAAUCAAAUGGGAGAAUUUAUCAAACCGUGUGACCGACAUGGAUAAGAAAUUGUUGGAAAGCCAGAUUAAGCAUCUUGAACAUGGUUGGGAACAAGUGGAACAACAGAUUCAAAAGAAGUAUUCUCAGCAGGUAGUGGAAUAUGAUGAAUUUACAACCCUCAUGAAUAAAGUACAGGACACUGAGAUUUCUCUGCAACAGCAGCAGCAACAUCUACAGUUAAGGCUGAAGUCUCCAGAAGAACAGGCAGGGAACCAAAGCAUGAUCGCCUUGACCACUGACCUCCAGGCUACCAAGCAUGGAUUUUCUGUUUUAAGGGGGCAAGCUGAACUUCAGAUGAAGAGGAUUUGGGGAGAAAAAGAAAAGAAGAAUUUGGAGGACGGAAUAAAUAACUUGAAGAAACAAUGGGAAACAUUGGAGCCAUUAUACUUAGAAGCAGAAAAUCAGAUUAAGAAGUGUAACAUAAGGAACAAGAUGAAAGAAACUAUCUUAUGGGCCAAGAAUUUGUUGAGUGAACUUACUCCCUCCAUUCCCCUUCUCCCAGAUGACAUUCUUUCACAGAUCAGAAAGUGCAAAGUGACACAUGAUGGCAUUCUAGCUAGGCAGCAGUCUGUGGAAUCGUUGGCUGAAGAGGUCAAAGAUAAGGUUCCUAGCCUUACAACCUAUGAGGGGAGUGAUUUAAAUAAUACCCUAGAGGACUUACGGAAUCAAUACCAAAUGCUGGUUUUAAAAUCAACUCAAAGAUCACAGCAAUUAGAAUUUAAGUUGGAAGAAAGAAGCAAUUUUUUUGCGAUAAUAAGGAAGUUUCAACUUAUGGUUCAAGAAAGUGAAACACUGAUAAUUCCCAGGGUAGAGACAGCUGCCACGGAAGCUGAACUAAAACGUCACCAUGUUACUUUGGAGGCAUGUCAAAAGGAAUUGCAAGAAAUUGACAGUGGAAUCUCAACACAUCUUCAGGAACUAACAAACAUCUAUGAGGACCUGAAUGUGUUUGAAAGAUUAUUUCUGGAUGAUCAGUUGAAAAAUCUUAAGAUUAGGACCAAAAGAAUACAAAGAUUCAUUCAGAAUAAAUGUAAUGAAGUGGAACACAAGAUAAAGUUUUGCAGACAAUUCCAUGAAAAAACAUCAGCGCUUCAGGAGGAGGUUGACAGUAUACAGCGCAAUGAACUAUUACUUAAUCAAGAAGUAAAUAAAGGUGUUAAAGAGGAGAUCUAUAAUCUUAAAGACAGACUCACUGCUAUUAAGUGUUGCAUCUUACAGGUAUUGAAACUUAAAAAAGUGUUUGACUAUAUUGGACUAAACUGGGAUUUUUCACAACUUGACCAAUUACAAACCCAAGUAUUUGAAAAAGAAAAGGAACUUGAAGAAAAAAUUAAGCAGUUGGACGCAUUUGAGGAAGAACAUGGCAAAUGUCAGGCAUUACUAAGUAAAAUGAGAGCUAUUGAUUUGCAAAUUAAGAAAAUGACUGAAGUAGUACUAAAAGCUCCUGAUAGCUCUCCGGAAAGCAGACUGCUCAAUGCCCAAAUUUUAAGUCAGAGAAUUGAGAAAGCCAAGUGUUUAUGUGAUGAGACAAUAAAGAAAUUAAAUGAAAAUAAGGCCUUUGAUGACUCAUUCAAAGAGAAAGAAAUACUACAAAUAAAGCUGAAUGCAGAAGAAAAUGAUAAGUUAUACAAAGUUCUCCAAAACAUGGUAUUAGAACUCUCACCAAAAGAAUUGGAUGAAAAGAAUUUUCAGGACAAACUAGAAACUUCCUUACAUGUUUUAAAUCAGAUAAAAUCUCAAUUACAGCAGCCUUUACUUAUAAAUUUGGAAAUUAAACAUAUUCAAAAUGAAAAGGACAAUUGUGAAGCAUUUCAGGAGCAAGUUUGGGCAGAAAUGUGUAGUAUUAAAGCUGUGACUGCUAUUGAGAAGCAAAGAGAAGAAAACUCUUCUGAAGCGAGUGAUGUGAAGACAAAACUACGUGAGUUUGAAGAUCUUCAAAUGCAGCUUAACACAAGCAUUGAUUUGCGCACAAAUGUCUUGAAUGAUGCUUAUGAAAAUCUAACACGCUAUAAAGAAGCAGUCACCAGGGCAGUGGAGAGCAUCACUUCCCUCGAAGCCAUCAUUAUACCCUACAGAGUAGACAUUGGUAACCCAGAAGAAUCUUUAGAGAUGCCUCUUCAAAAACAAGAGGAAUUGGAAUCCACAAUAGCACACAUCCGGGACCUCACCGAGAAACUGGGAAUGAUAUCCAGCCCCGAAGCCAAACUACAACUUCAGUGUACCUUACAGGAACUAGCUUCUAAGAACUCAGCAAUGAAGGAAGCUUUCAAGGCACAGGAAACUGAGGCAGAAAGGUAUCUUGAGUAUUACAAAUGCUAUAGAAAAAUUGAAGAGGAUAUUUACACUAACCUCAGCAAACUGGAGAGAGUUCUUGGACAGUCCAUGUCCUCGUUGCCACUGUCUUACAGAGAAGCUUUAGAGCGCUUGGAACAGAGCAAGGCCUUGGUGUCAAAUCUUAUAUCAACCAAAGAAGAGUUAAUGAAACUACGACAGAUCCUUAGACUCUUGAGGCUCAGGUGCACAGGAAAUGAUGGCAUAUGUUUGCUCAAGAUCGUGUCGGCUCUGUGGGAGAAAUGGCUAAGUUUGCUGGAAGCUGCUAAAGAGUGGGAGAUGUGGUGCGAAGAACUGAAGCAGGAAUGGAAAUUUGUCAGUGAAGAAAUUGAACGAGAAGCAAUUAUUUUAGAUAAUCUUCAGGAAGAACUCCCUGAAAUUUCCAAAACAAAAGAGGCAGCCACCACAGAGGAACUCUCUGAGCUGCUAGACUGUUUAUGCCAAUAUGGAGAGAACGUGGAGAAGCAGCAGUUGUUACUGACUCUACUUCUUCAGCGCAUCAGAAGUAUCCAGAAUGUUCCUGAAAGCUCAGGGGCUGUGGAAGCUGUUCCAGCAUUUCAAGAAAUUACUUCUAUGCAAGAACGAUGCAACAAGCUUCUUCAGAAAGUUCAAAAAAAUAAAGAAUUAGUGCAGACUGAAAUCCAAGAUAGACAUUCCUUCACAAAAGAGAUAAUUGCGUUGAAGAAUUUGUUUCAACAGACCACAGCUUCAUUCCAAAAUAUGGCAUUCCAGGAUCACCCAGAAAAGUCAGAACAAUUUGAGGAGCUUCAGAGCAUCCUUAAGAAAGGGAAACAAACUUUUGAGAAUAUUAUGGAAAAACUGCGAAUCAAGUAUUCUGAAAUGUACACCAUAGUCCCUGCAGAGAUUGAAUCCCAGGUGGAAGAAUGCAGAAAAGCUUUAGAAGACAUAGAUGAGAAGAUUAGCAAUAAAGUCUUAGAAAGCUCACCGUCAUAUGCAAUGAGGAGAAAAAUAGAAGAAAUUAACAAUGGGCUUCAUAAUGUUGAAAAGAUGUUGCAGCAGAAAAGCAAAAAUAUUGAGAAAGCGCAAGAAAUUCAAAAGAAAAUGUGGGACGAGUUAGAUCUAUGGCAUUCCAAACUAAAUGAGCUGGAUUCUGAAGUUCAGGACAUUGUUGAACAGGACCCAGGACAGACUCAAGAAUGGAUGGAUAACUUGAUGAUUCCUUUCCAGCAGUAUCAGCAAGUAUCACAGAGAGCAGAGUCUAGAACCUCACAGUUGAAUAAGGCCACAGUUAAGAUGGAGGAAUAUAGUGACCUUCUGAAGAGCACUGAGGCUUGGAUAGAAAAUACCAGUCAUUUGCUGGCCAAUCCUGCUGACUAUGACUCUUCGAGGACACUGAGUCACCAUGCUAGCACUCUGCAGAUGGCUUUGGAAGAUUCAGAACAGAAGCACAAUCUUUUACAUUCAAUCUUUAUGGAUCUAGAAGACCUGUCAGUAAUUUUUGAAACAGAUGAAUUAACACAAUCCAUACAAGAGUUAAGUAAUCAAGUAACAGCUUUACAACAAAAAAUAAUGGAAAGCCUUCCGCAGAUUCAGCGAAUGGCUGAUGAUGUGGUUGCUAUUGAAUCUGAAGUAAAAUCAAUGGAAAAAAGAGUUUCAAAAAUCAAAACUAUCCUAUUAUCAAAAGAAAUAUUUGAUUUUUCACCUGAAGAACAUCUUAAACAUGGGCAGGUCAUACUUGAAAAUAUACGUCCCAUGAAGAAAACCAUUGCUGAGAUAGUGUCUUACCAAGUGGAACUGAGGUUGCCCCAAACAGGAAUGAAACCUCUGCCUGUGUUUCAGCGGACAAAUCAGCUUUUACAAGAUAUAAAACUUUUGGAAAAUGUGACUCAAGAACAAAAUGAGUUAUUAAAGGUAGUCAUAAAACAGACCAAUGAAUGUGAUGAAGAAAUAGAAAAUUUGAAACAGAUCUUAAAUAAUUAUUCAGCUCAGUUCUCCCUUGAACAUAUGUCACCAGAACAAGCUGCCAAGCUGCCACAACUACAGGGAGAAAUCAAACGUAUGGAAAAACAGAUUCUGAGUUUGAACCAGAGAAAAGAAGACCUGUUGGUGGACUUGAAGGCCACCAUACUAAACCUUCACCAGCAUUUGAAGCAAGAACAAGAAGAAGUAGAAAGAGAUAGGCUGCCAGCUGUAACAUCAGAGGAAGGUGGAGUGGCAGAGAGGGAUGCUUCUGAGUGGAAGUUGAACAGAAGAGGCUCCAUGUCUUACCUGGCAGCAGUCGAGGAAGAGGUGGAAGAAAGUUCCGUGAAGAGCGAAAUUGGAGAUGAGAAGGCAGAGCCAUAUCCUCAGUCUUGGUCUUCACUUUGGAAGCAUGACAAGGACAUGGAGGAAGACAGAGCUUCCUCAUCCUCUGGAACAAUUAUUCAGGAACCAUAUGGGAAAAUAAGCACCUGUGAUAAUUCCAUGGCACAAAUCCUCACACCAGACUCACUAAACACUGAGCAAGGCCCAGAAUGUUCCCUAAGGCCCAACCAAACAGAAGAGGGCACCACACCUCCUAUCGAGGCUGCCACUCUGGACUCUUCUGACGCGCAAGGAGGUUUGGAGCCCAGGGUGGAGAAAACUAGGCCGGAGCCCACAGAAGUCCUGCGUGCCUGCAAGACCCAGGUGGCCGAGCUGGAGCUGUGGCUGCAACAAGCCAACGUGGCAGUUGAGCCGGAAACAUUAAACGCAGACAUGCAGCAGGUGGUGGAACAGCAGCUGGUAGGGUGCCAGGCUAUGCUAACAGAGAUUGAGCACAAGGUUGCCUUUCUGUUAGAGACUUGCAAAGAUCAGGGCCUGGGAGAUAACGGAGCCACUCAACAUGAGGCUGAAGCGCUUUCCCUGAAACUGAAAACAGUGAAGUGCAAUUUAGAAAAAGUCCAGAUGAUGCUUCAGGAGAAGCACAGUGAAGAUCAGCAUCCUACCAUUCUAAAGAAAUCCUCAGAGCCAGAGCAUCAAGAAGCUCUCCAACCAGUCAACCUUUCUGAAUUGGAAUCCACUGUAACUGAAAGGCCACAAUUCAGCAGACAAAAAGAUUUCCAGCAGCAACAGGUUCUGGAGUUAAAACCAAUGGAACAGAAAGAUUUCAUCAAAUUCAUAGAAUUUAAUGCUAAGAAAAUGUGGCCCCAGUAUUGCCAACAUGAUAAAGAUACAACUCAGGAAUCAUGUGCAAGCAACCAGGCAUCCAGCCCCGAAAAUGACGUUCCAGACUCUAUCUUGUCACCCCAGGGCCAAAAUGGAGAUAAGUGGCAAUAUCUGCAUCAUGAACUCUCAUCAAAAAUAAAGCUCCCACUCCCUCAGCUUGUGGAGCCUCAGGUUUCCACAAAUAUGGGUAUUCUACCCAGUGUGAGUAUGUAUAACUUUAGAUACCCAACAACUGAAGAACUGAAAACCUACACCACCCAACUUGAAGACCUGCGUCAAGAAGCAAUUAACCUUCAGACACAGGAAAAUAUGACAGAAGAAGCAUAUAUCAAUUUGGAUAAAAAAUUAUUUGAACUAUUCCUGACCCUCAGUCAGUGCCUCAGCAGUGUGGAGGAGAUGCUGGAGAUGCCCAGGCUUUACAGGGAGGAUGGUUCUGGCCAGCAGGUGCACUACGAGACACUGGCUCUUGAGUUGAAGAAAUUUUAUUUAGCGCUAAGUGACAAGAAGGGUGAUCUUUUGAAAGCCAUGACUUGGCCUGGCAAGAACACCAACUUGCUCCUUGAAUGUUUUGACAACCUUCAAGUCUGCCUGGAGCAUACUCGGGCUGCAGCUGUCUGUAGAAGCAAGUCCCUGAAAGCUGGCCUCGAUUACAACCGCAGUUACCAGAAUGAAAUAAAGAGAUUAUAUGAUCAGCUCAUUAAGAGUAAGACGUCUUUACAACAGUCUUUGAAUGAAAUCAGUGGCCAGAGUGUUGCUGAACAGCUUCAGAAAGCAGAUGCAUAUACAGUGGAGCUGGAGAAUGCUGAGAGCCGAGUGGCCAAACUAAGAGAUGAAGGGGAGAGGCUUCAUUUACCUUAUGCUUUACUCCAGGAGGUUUACAAAUUAGAGGAUGUACUUGACAGUAUGUGGGGAAUGCUAAGAGCCAGGUACACAGAACUCAGCAGCCCUUUCGUCACUGAGAGCCAGCAAGAUGCUUUGUUGCAAGGCAUGGUGGAACUGGUGAAGAUUGGGAAGGAAAAGCUUGCUCAUGACCACUUAAAACAAACCAAAAGUAAAGUGGCUUUACAGGCUCAAAUAGAAAAUCACAAGGUUUUUUUCCAGAAGCUUGUUGCUGACAUGUUGUUGAUCCAAGCAUACUCUGCCAAAGUAUUUCCUUCUUUAUUGCAAAAGAGAGAGACAUUUUGGGCAGAUCAAGUAACAGAAGUUAAAAUACUAGAAGAAAAGUCACGCCAACGUGGUAUGAAGCUGCAGAGUUUGUUGCAGAAAUGGGAAGAAUUUGAUGAAAACUAUGCAUCUCUUGAAAAGGACCUGGAAAUUCUUAUAUCUACCUUGCCCUCUGUGAGUUUGGUGGAAGAAACGGAGGAAAGAUUAGUGGAAAGGAUUUCAUUUUACCAGCAAAUAAAAAGAAACAUUGGUGGAAAACACGCCCGGCUUUACCAAACUCUGAACGAAGGCAAACAGUUGGUGGCGUCUGUGAGCUGUCCUGAAUUAGAGGGCCAGAUCGCAAAACUGGAAGAGCAGUGGUUGUCCCUGAACAAGAAAAUUGACCAUGAGCUCCACAGGCUGCAAGCACUUCUCAAGCAUCUGCUCAGUUAUAACAGAGAUUCGGAUCAGUUAACCAAGUGGUUGGAAUCUUCCCAGCAUACUCUGAAUUACUGGAAAGAACAGUCCCUCAAUGUGUCUCAGGACUUGGAUACAAUCAGAAGCAACAUCGACAAUUUUUUUGAGUUUUCAAAAGAAGUUGAUGAAAAAUCCUCCUUGAAGACUGCCGUUAUCAGUAUCGGGAACCAGCUUCUUCACCUGAAAGAAACUGAUACAGCUACACUGAGAGCUUCUUUAGCACAGUUUGAACAAAAAUGGACAAUGCUCAUAACUCAACUUCCAGAUAUUCAAGAAAAACUUCACCAGCUUCAAAUGGAGAAAUUGCCAUCUCGUAAAGCAAUCACAGAAAUGAUUAGCUGGAUGAACAAUGUGGAGCAUCAAACUUCAGAUGAAGACUCCGUGCAUUCACCAAGUUCUGCAUCUCAAGUUAAACAACAUCUUCAGAAGCACAAGGAGUUUAGAAUGGAAAUGGACUAUAAACAGUGGAUAGUUGACUUUGUUAACCAGUCAUUACUUCAGCUAAGCACCUGUGAUGUAGAAAGCAAGCGCUAUGAAAGAACGGAGUUUGCAGAGCACCUGGGGGAGAUGAACCGCCAGUGGCACCGUGUACAUGGAAUGCUGAAUAGAAAGAUACAACAUUUAGAACAACUUCUGGAAAGUAUCACUGAGAGUGAAAAUAAAAUACAGAUUUUGAACAACUGGAUGGAAGCACAAGAAGAGAGACUGAAAACUUUACAAAAACCUGAAAGUGUGAUUUCAGUGCAGAAGCUGCUCCUGGACUGUCAGGAUAUAGAAAAUCAACUUGCAAUUAAGUCCAAAGCACUGGAUGAGUUGAAACAAAGUUAUCUGACUUUGGAGAGUGGGGCAAUACCAUUGUUAGAAGAUACAGCAUCCCGAAUUGAUGAGUUAUUUCAAAAGAGAAGCAGUGUUCUCACUCAGGUCAAUCAGCUCAAAACCUCCAUGCAGUCGGUUUUACAGGAGUGGAAGAUUUAUGAUCAACUCUAUGAUGAAGUGAAUAUGAUGACAAUCCGAUUCUGGUACUGCAUGGAACACAGCAAGCCUGUGGUGUUAUCAUUGGAGGCCUUGAGAUGCCAGGUGGAGAACCUUCAGUCUCUGCAAGAUGAAGCUGAGAGCAGUGAAGGGAGUUGGGAGAAACUCCAGGAGGUUAUUGGCAAACUCAAAGGUCUUUGCCCCUCUGUUGCUGAAAUAAUCGAAGAGAAAUGCCAAAAUACUCAUAAAAGGUGGACUCAGGUGAACCAAGCUGUUGCAGACCAGUUGCAGAAGGCCCAGAGUCUGCUCCAGCUCUGGAAGGCCUAUAGCAAUGCUCAUGGCGAAGCUGCCGCAAGGCUGAAGCAGCAGGAAGCAAAGUUUCAACAGCUCGCAAACAUCAGCAUGUCUGGAAACAACCUGGCAGAGAUCCUGCCCCCAGCCCUGCAGGACAUAAAGGAGCUGCAGCAUGAUGUGCAGAAGACAAAAGAAGCCUUUCUCCAAAAUUCCACUGUCCUGGAUCGACUCCCACAACCUGCAGAGUCCAGCACCCACAUGCUCCUCCCGGGUCCCCUGCACUCCCUCCAGAGGGCUGCUUAUUUGGAAAAGAUGCUGCUUGUGAAAGCAAAUGAAUUUGAGUUUGUUCUCUCACAAUUUAAGGAUUUUGGAGACCGGCUGGAAUCUUUAAAAGGUCUUAUUAUGCAUGAAGAAGAGAAUUUGGAUAGAUUUUACCAACAAGAAAAAGAAAAUCCUGACUCAUUCCUGAAUCAUGUGCUGGCACUGACUGCCCAAUCACCUGAUAUUGAACAUUUGAAUGAAGUAAGCCUCAAGCUCCCACUUAGUGACGUAGCUCUGAAGACGUUACAAAAUAUGAACCGGCAAUGGAUUCGGGCCACGGCCACGGCACUGGAGCACUGCAGUGAGCUUCAGGGAAUUGGAUUGAAUGAAAAGUUUCUUUAUUGCUGUGAAAAGUGGAUCCAACUUUUGGAGAAGAUAGAAGAAGCACUCAAGGUGGAUGUGGCUAACAGCCUUCCUGAGCUCCUGGAGCAGCAGAAAACCUAUGAGAUGUUAGAAGCUGAAGUUUCUAUAAACCAGACAAUUGCUGAUUCCUAUGUCACCCAGUCCUUACAACUCCUGGACACAACAGAAAUAGAGAACAGACCAGAAUUUAUUUCAGAAUUCUCAAAGCUGACAGAUCGGUGGCAGAAUGCUGUCCAGGGUGUUCGGCAGAGGAAGGGUGACAUUGAUGGGCUGGUGAGGCAGUGGCAGGAUUUCACUACUGCUGUGGAGAACUUGUUUCGCUUCCUCACUGACACCAGCCACCCGCUAUCUGCAGUGAAGGGCCAGGAGUGCUUCAGUCUCUACCAAACCAGAAGUCUGAUCCAUGAGCUGAAGAAUAAAGAAAUUCAUUUUCAAAGGUGGCGAACUACCUAUGCCCUAACCUUAGAAGCUGGAGAAAAGUUACUGCUCACAACUGACCUGAAAACUAAAGAGUCUGUGGGUAGGAGAAUCAGUCAACUUCAGGACAGCUGGAAAGACACGGAGCCCCAGCUGGCAGAGAUGAUUAAGCAGUUCCAGAGCACUGUAGAGACCUGGGACCAGUGUGAAAAGAAAAUCAAGGAGUUGAAAAGCAGGCUGCAAGUUUUAAAGGCACAAAGUGAAGAUCCUCUUCCAGAGCUUCACGAGGACCUCCAUAACGAAAAAGAGCUGAUUAAGGAACUAGAACAGUCUUUGGCUAGCUGGACUCAGAACUUGAAAGAACUUCAAACUAUGAAGGCGGACUUAACCCGGCACGUUCUCGUGGAAGACGUGAUGGUUUUGAAGGAGCAAAUAGAGCAUUUGCACAGACAAUGGGAGGACCUCUGCUUAAGGGUGGCUAUACGUAAACAGGAGAUUGAAGACAGACUCAAUACAUGGGUUGUAUUCAAUGAAAAAAAUAAAGAGUUGUGUGCCUGGCUGGUGCAGAUGGAAAACAAAGUUCUACAGACAGCAGACAUUAGUAUUGAAGAAAUGAUUGAAAAGUUACAGAAGGACUGCAUGGAAGAAAUAAACUUGUUUAGUGAAAACAAGUUACAGUUAAAGCAAAUGGGUGACCAGCUGAUCAAGGCCAGCAACAAAUCGAGAGCAGCUGAGAUUGAUGACAAGCUCAACAAAAUUAACGAUCGUUGGCAGCAUCUUUUUGAUGUCAUCGGAUCAAGGGUGAAGAAGCUGAAGGAGACCUUUGCUUUUAUUCAGCAGUUGGACAAAAACAUGAGCAACCUUCGCACCUGGUUGGCUCGAAUUGAGUCUGAGCUUUCCAAACCUGUUGUUUAUGAUGUCUGCGAUGAUCAAGAGAUCCAGAAGAGGCUCGCUGAGCAGCAGGAUCUACAGCGAGAUAUUGAACAACACAGUGCAGGGGUGGAGUCCGUGUUUAACAUCUGUGACGUCCUACUGCACGACUCCGAUGCCUGUGCAAAUGAGACCGAGUGUGACUCGAUUCAGCAGACCACCAGGAGCCUGGACAGACGCUGGAGGAACAUUUGUGCCAUGUCCAUGGAGCGGCGCAUGAAAAUCGAGGAGACGUGGCGCCUGUGGCAGAAGUUUUUAGACGACUAUUCUCGCUUUGAGGACUGGCUCAAGUCAGCUGAGAGGACGGCAGCCUGCCCAAAUUCCUCAGAGGUGUUGUACACGAGUGCCAAAGAGGAACUGAAGAGGUUUGAGGCCUUUCAGCGGCAGAUUCACGAGCGGCUCACUCAGCUGGAGCUCAUCAACAAGCAGUACCGGCGGCUGGCCCGGGAGAACCGCACAGACACGGCCAGCAGGCUGAAGCAGAUGGUCCACGAGGGCAACCAGCGCUGGGACAACCUUCAGAGGCGGGUCACAGCCAUCCUGCGGAGACUCAGGCAUUUCACCAACCAGAGGGAAGAAUUCGAGGGCACCAGGGAGAGCAUUCUGGUGUGGCUCACAGAGAUGGACCUGCAGCUGACCAACGUGGAGCACUUCUCAGAGAGUGACGCCGAUGACAAGAUGCGCCAACUGAAUGGCUUCCAACAGGAAAUUACAUUAAAUACCAACAAGAUUGAUCAGCUCAUUGUGUUUGGGGAGCAGCUGAUUCAGAAGAGCGAGCCCCUGGAUGCCGUGCUGAUUGAGGAUGAGCUGGAGGAACUCCACCGCUACUGCCAGGAGGUGUUCGGAAGGGUCUCCCGGUUCCACCGGCGGCUCACCUCCUGCACUCCGGGCUUAGAAGAUGAAAAGGAGGCCUCUGAGAAUGAAACGGACAUGGAAGACCCCAGAGAGAUCCAGACUGAUUCUUGGCGUAAACGGGGAGAAAGCGAGGAACCGACAUCUCCUCAGUCCCUGUGUCAUCUAGUGGCCCCGGGGCACGAGCGGUCUGGCUGCGAGACCCCUGUCAGCGUGGACUCCAUCCCCCUGGAGUGGGACCACACAGGCGACGUGGGGGGCUCCUCCUCUCACGAAGAGGACGAGGAAGGCCCAUACUACAGCGCACUGUCAGAUGUAGAAAUCCCUGAAAAUCCUGAGGCAUAUCUUAAAAUGACCACAAAAACUUUGAAAGCGUCUUCUGGUAAAUCCAUUUCGGAUGGCCACUCAUGGCAUGUUCCCGACAGCCCUUCCUGUCCCGAGCAUCACUACAAGCAAAUGGAAGGUGACAGGAAUGUUCCACCUGUUCCCCCUGCGUCCAGCACCCCUUAUAAACCACCCUAUGGAAAGCUACUAUUACCUCCAGGCACGGAUGGUGGCAAAGAAGGCCCGCGAGUCCUGAAUGGCAGCCCACAGCAGGAAGACAGGAGACUGGCUGGUAUCACAGAGCAGCAGUCAGGUGCCUUUGACAGAUGGGAGCUGAUUCAAGCACAAGAGCUUCACAAUAAGCUCAAAAUAAAACAAAAUUUGCAACAGCUGAACUCUGAUAUCAGCGCCAUCACUACUUGGCUGAAAAAAACUGAAGCAGAGCUGGAAAUGUUAAAGAUGGCAAAGCCUCCCUCUGAUAUCCAGGAAAUAGAACUGAGAGUGAAGAGACUGCAGGAGAUACUGAAAGCCUUUGACACUUACAAGGCAUUAGUGGUCUCUGUCAACGUGAGCAGCAAGGAAUUUCUGCAAACCGAGAGCCCCGAAUCCACAGAGCUCCAAAGUAGACUCUGCCAGCUGAGCCUGCUCUGGGAAGCAGCACAGGGCACAGUGGACAGCUGGAGAGGGGGCUUACGACAGUCGCUCAUGCAGUGCCAGGACUUCCACCAGUUGAGUCAAAAUCUGCUGCUCUGGUUAGCGAGUGCCGAGAACCGGAGGCAGAAGGCUUAUGUCACCGAUCCGAAGGCAGACCCUCAGGCUCUCCUGGAGUGUCGGAGGGAACUAAUGCAACUGGAAAAGGAGCUGGUAGAACGUCAACCUCAAGUGGACAUGUUACAGGAGAUUUCAAACAGCCUUCUCAUUAAGGGACAUGGAGAAGACUAUAUUGAAGCUGAAGAAAAGGUGCAUGUUAUUGAGAAGAAACUCAAACAGUUACGGGAGCAAGUGUCCCAAGAUUUAAUGUCUUUGCAGGGAACCCAGAACCCAGCCCCACCCCUGCCCAGCUUCGACGAGGUAGAUUCGGGGGACCAGCCUCCUGCAACAUCCGUGCCAGCUCCCCGAGGAAAGCAGUUCAGAGCAGUGAGAACUACAGAAGGCGAGGAGGAGACGGAGAGCAGGGUCCCCGGCAGCACACGGCCACAGCGCUCCUUCCUCUCAAGGGUGAUCCGGGCAGCCCUGCCCCUGCAGCUGCUCCUCCUGCUGCUGCUGCUCCUGGCCUGCCUGCUGCCCUCCUCCGAAGAAGACUACAGCUGCACUCAGGCCAACAACUUUGCCCGGUCCUUUUACCCCAUGCUGAGGUACACCAAUGGGCCACCCCCCACAUAGAGGGCAUAGCUGGCCACAGUGCCACACCACCUGCCUGAUUGCCAAGGGUGCCCAGCACGUGGCCCCAGACCAAUCUGAGUGACUUAGUGUUGGCAAGGUCCCGGGGCCUGUGCAGACUUCUUCUGGGCUUACCCAGCACGGGCUCCCUGGAGUCCAGGGCAGCUUUCAAAUUGUGUUCCUCCCCAGGAGCAGGGAACCUGCAUGGCAGGUGCCCCGGGUAUUUUGGCAGAACUAGUUGAUUCGUUUAGGGAUCUCUGGAAAUGUCAGUUUCCUGAAGAGCCAAGCACUUCAUGAAUUCUGGUUUAUUUGUAAAACAGCAUUAUUAUAAUGUAGGUAUGGUCAAUGUGCAGUGGUGUCCAUCACAUAUAUUAUAGAAGCAAGCGAGCACAUUCCACCCUAGAAACGGUUCAGAAACUUAUAGGCACCCUUAGCUGAUGGAAACAAUCAUAUUUAAUAUGCUUAGAAUCAGUUUUACUCCGAUCAGCUGGCAAUUUUGAGCUACCGGUUAUACACCAAAAUGUUCUGUUCAGUACCUAGAGCUCUGCUCUUUUAUAUUGCUUUAAAUUUUUAAAGAAAUUAUAUUGCAUGGAUGUGGUUAUUUGUGCAUAUUUUUUAACAAUGCCCAAUCUGUAUGAAUAAUGUAAACUUCGAUUUUUUUAAAAAAGAAUUAGAUUUUAGCUGGAGCUUUUGACUACUGUACAGUAAAUGCCAAACUACCGACUUGAUAGGGAUGCUUUUGUAAGUUAAUUUUCUAAGACUUUUUCACAUCCAAAGUGAUGCUUUGGGUUUUAACUUUGUUUGGCCACGGCGGGGGUGGGGGUGGGGGGUUGGUACAGAAACUUGAAGCUGUUUGUGAUAUGUACAACUCAGAUGUUUCUCAUUAAAAAACAGAAUUAGCCAGA